AAUGCAGAGCGGAAAAUGUGUUUUAGUACUUUACCUUUUUAAAAGUUAUAUUUACAGUUUCCUUAAAAAUGGACUCUUUUUUGAGAAAAUUACCAAAAAUUGAAUUACAUGCCCAUUUAAAUGGCUCAUUGAAUACACAAUCAAUCAAGGAACUUGGACUACAGUUGUACGGUGAAAAUAGUGAAGAGUUUUUAAGAUUGUGUGAAAAAUUCACUGAAUUCAAUAACACUGAUUUGGAUUAUUGUUUUCAAAAGUUUGCCUUUAUGCAUGAGUUGACGGCGACUAAAAAAGGACUAAAACUUGCUUGUGAAAUGGUUAUACGAGAUUUUGCUCUCGAUAAUGUCAUCUAUUUAGAAUUAAGGACUACUCCCAAAGUCAAUGAGCAAAUGACACGCCGGCAAUAUAUACAACUUAUAAUUGAAGCUAUACAGGAGUGUAAUGUAAAGUACAAUAUAAUGGUUAAACUUUUAUUAUCUGUGGAUCGAGCUCAAACUCUCCAAAGUGCAGAGGAAAUCGUGUUAUUAGCACAGCAAUUUAAGGAGUCGCAUCCCGACAUUGUUAAAGGAAUGGAUUUAAGUGGAAAUCCCAAUAAAGGCAAGUUUAAUGAUUUUAUACCAGUUUUAAAUAAAGCCAAACAAUCAAAGCUGAAUUUAGCACUACACUGUGCUGAAGUCUCAAAUCCCCAAGAGAUUCAGGAAAUGUUAGACUUUGGUUUUGAACGUUGUGGUCAUGGCACUUUUCUAAGCCCACAACAACUUGAACAAUGUCUUAAAAGAAACAUAACCAUUGAAUGCUGCUUAACUAGUAAUGUUAAAUGCGGCACAGUGUCAAGUUAUGAUAGUCAUCAUUUUAGACAUGUGUUUCUUAAAAAUAUUAAAGCAGUUUUAUGUACAGAUGAUAGUGGGGUUUUUGAUACCUCCUUGACACAAGAAUUUAAAUUAGCUUGUAAAUAUUAUGAACUAAACAUGUAUGAUAUAAAAAUAUUAACGUUAAAUGCUAUUGAAGCUUGUUUUGCCAGUUCAGAGGAAAAGUCUGUUUUAAGACAACAGGUUGAAAAGUAUUUUAAAGAAACUAAUGAAAAUUUUUAAUAAAUAAACCAAAUUUAUUAACUGGA